GUGGCAGUUCACAGGUCUCCAACCACUAGCCCGGGGGGCUGCAGUCCCAGCUACGCAGGGAGCCAGGGAAGCAGGUUUUCUUGUAGCUCAACGCAAAGCCGGGAGAUGGGGCUACCUCGCCUGGUCACAGUUGCUGCUCUCUGGAUCCAGAUCCUAUUGCAAAUGCCUCAGGCCAUCCUGAAAAGUCACCUCCACCAAGAAGCCCUCCCAGACAGAACCACCACCUUCGCAGCCACUCAGCCAUCUCAGCACUCAUGUGUGGGAGGCAAAGAGAUAGAGAUGACCAUGGAGUAUGACGCUUUUGAUGACCAGUAUGAGGGAUGUGAAAACAAAAUGGAUUCUGAAGCUCCCCGACUCUUGGAGGAUGAAAAGAGGAAUAACAAAGUCCUCCGUGAUGCCUGGGCCAGCGCAGAGACCAAGUGGCAGAAAGAGAUCAAGGAGAAGUUGUCUUUCCUUCCCUCAGACUUCAGGGAAGAGUACGGCAUAGCAGUGGUGGUGUACACUAAUCAAACCUUUUGUCAAGACUUCAACUGGGCUGUGCGGACAAACGGCACAUCUCUGGAGUACUACAAGAAUAAUUUUCGCUAUAAAGCUGUCCACUUCUACCUGACCAGGGCCCUGCAGCUCCUACCAAAGGUCAACUGCACCAUGCAACUUCAUCGGGGCUCUAAGAUGGAGUUCACUCAUAGUGGGACUGGUCCCAUCCGCUUCGGGCAAUUCAGCUCCACGUCCCAGAAUCGUUCUAUAAGUGAGAAGUUCGGUAUGAGCACCUCCUAUUCCAUCCAUGCCUGCUUGGGGGUGUCCAUCAAAAAUUUCUCAUAUAUCCCAGAGGAGGAGGAAGUGUUGAUCCCAGGGAAUGAAGUCUUCGAUGUUUCAGCUGAGAAAGGGAGCAGGGUUUUCAGCCUGAAGAGUACAAAGAAGCCUUUCGCCUGUUUCAACUGUGCCCUCUUGGGAAAUGAGAAAAAUGCUAACUGCAGCUCAGCUCAUCAAGAGAUGUCAUGCCCAGCCGUCUGACCCUGCUGCUUCUCUCCAGGCACCUCAUCCUGCUCCUUGGCUCUGGCUGGACCUCCCGAUCUCCAUUGUGUGUCAGCCCAAGGUCACUCAGCCCAGGCACACUUAUGCCAAUAAUCAACGACCAGGACAGCUCACCUCCAUAUGCCAUCUACCAGCUUCCUCUGUCUCCGUGCCAUCUCUCUGCUUAUACCACUCCACCUCCAUCUCCCCUACUGGCCACCCAGUCCCACAUUAUGCUCACAAUCUAAGUAGGAGAGAGAACAAGUUUUUAACUUGAUGAGAAAACUGAAACACAGAAAAAUUGUUUGGCUUACCCAAGGUCAUACAACAAGCAAGUGGCAGAGGAGGAUUGGAACCCAGGUCUUCUGACUCCCAUGGUUGAGUUCUUUUCACCCUUCACCAGUUAUAUGUUCUAUUCCCUUCCCCUCCACCAAUAAACCACUCUGCAUUACUAUCUA